AUGGAUCGGUUCGAUACCUUGAGCGGGCAAGAAUGUCUGGUCAAAGUAUGCGGAUUGCAAACGUACGAGGCUGCUGAAAGAGCUUUGGUCUCUGGGGCAAACUUGAUUGGAAUAAUUUGCGUUCCGGGAAGGAAGAGAACUAUUGAACCGUCAGUGGCCAAAUCCAUAUCUGGUUUGAUUCACUCAGAUGGGCAGUUCAAAGACAGGUGUCUGGUCGGGGUUUUCCGCAACCAACCAAAGGAACAGGUUAAACAGAUCGCCGAUGAGUAUAAUGUGGAUGCUGUUCAACUACACGGAGAUGAAGAUUGGCUAGAGUACCAUCAGUUCAUAGGGAAACCUGUCAUUAAAAGAAUGAUAUUUGAUAGAGACUGUGACACUGUUGUUGAAAUCUGCCACGAUUCCAACCUGUCGAAACUGUGUAUACCACUGUUUGAUUCGGAGGCCGGUGGGACAGGUGAGAAACUGAACUGGGGCAACAUUUCAAAGUGGACUGAAACAGUACAGCCUCAACCGAGAUUUAUCCUGGCAGGCGGAUUGACCCCAGAGAACGUUGCUGAAGCGAUUAGUCUCCCAGGUGUAGUAGGUGUGGAUGUAAGUGGGGGUGUAGAGACAGACGGUGUUAAAGACUUGAACAAGAUUAGCCAAUUUGUGGCCAACGGGAAGAAGGUAAAAGCUCGUUGA